AUGAGUGGGCAGUUAGUCCUGAAAAAGAAAGUGCGUGGAGCUCAUAGAGGGGCAGCAACGAAGUUGAUUAGAAAGGUAAAUGAGAUCUUGGAUCUUGAAGAACACAGCGAAGAUGAGAAGUUAGCGAUCCGCCAGCACCGAGACAGCGCCAAAGAAAAGGCAGAGACCGUUCGCGCACUCGACGAUGAGGUCAUCGAGUUGUCGGCGGAGAAAGAAGAUAGCGAAGAGCUCGAGGCAAUCAUAACGGAGGGCGACGAGAUGCGUGCGAGACUGCACGAGGUUAUCCACGGGAUGGAGGGGUUAAUGGCACUGUGGGAUCAAGCCGCAUCCCCAGCGAUCAGCCCGGCUAGCUUACCUAGUUCACCGGCAAGGUCUUCUACCUCGACUGAGGCGAGAGUGAGAGCAAGGCUACCUGAGGUUGAAGUGCCGAAAUUUGGUGGCAAAAUACAAGAAUGGCCGGAAUUCUGGGACUCCUUUGAGAGCGCCAUUGAUAGCAAUGGGGCGCUCGCGGACGUAGAUAAGUUCGCUUAUCUGAAGGGGUUACUGGUAGACGAGGCGAAACAUACCAUUGCUGGUUUCGCGAUGACCGCGGCAAACUACGGCGCUGCUAUCGGAAUACUUCGCAAGCGAUAUGGCAAAACCGAGGCUAUACAGCGGUCGCACAUUAACGACCUACUUAACCUGUCGCCUGUUUUUAACGAUGGGGACUUAACGAGGCUGAGGCGGUUCUACGAUGUAGCGGAGACGCAUUUCCGAGGGCUAGAAGCUCUAAAUGUAAAUGAAACAAGUUAUUCGGGGAUCGUGGUACCGGCCCUGCUACAGAAGUUGCUGAACUCGUUCCGGCUCACAACCACCCGUGGAUAUCAAAACUUCAUGUCAUGGAGUAUGGAAAGACUGUUGGCUGAGAUACGAGCGGAGGUAGAGCUGAGAGAAGAGCACAAGCCGAUUUCUUCUGAGGCAAGUAACAAGAAACCACAAGACGGUAUGCAAAGGCAAACAAGCGGGAGCGCAUUAUUUGUUGAAGCUAAUGGACAGGGAGAGCGAAAGAAAAUCUUGGUUAAGUAUGCUAGAUGUUUUAGAUGCCUUAGGAAAAAUCACAGGUCCUACGAGUGUAAAUCGAAAGAUAGUAACUGUAAGGGCUGCGCGGGCGCGCAUCAUCUUUCAAUAUGCGAAAAUCAAGCUAGUGGCCAAACAGAAACGCCACAGCAGGAACGGGGGGAGAGCGAGCAAGCGGGAGAAGCUAGUUCAAAUCACGUAACUUCGGGGUUUGCGGAGAGUUUUCAUGUUGGCUCUGGUACGCGCAUAGCUUUACAAACAGCGCAGGGCAUUGUUAGCUGGGAAGGGGGCGUAUCAGCUAGGACAAGGUUUUUGUUUGACGCCGGAAGUCACCGCUCAUUCAUCACGGCGUCGGCAGCGCGCAAAGCCAAACUUCCUGUCGUUAGGCGUGAAUGGCUUUGCAUUAACGCGUUUGGUCAGCGCUACCAGAAAGGCACGCUCAGAGAGGUGGUAGAGUUAAAUGUAAGUCCUGUAAAUGGAGGUGCUAGCAUUAAUGUGCAGGCGUUCGUAGUGCCAUAAAUUUCUAGCAUACCCAAUGGUCACGUAGAGUUAGCUAGAGAUCAGUUUCCGCACCUCAAAGGUUUAUGGUUCUCAGAUGUGAAUAGGAAUGAGGAAAGACUAGAAAUAAAGAUUUUAGUUGGAGCGGAUUAUCUUUGGCAUUUUCAGAAAGGACGAGUAAUUCGAGGCAAAGUAGAGGAAGCCGUCGCCAUAGAGACAGAGUUAGGAUGGAUAUUGUCAGGCCCUAUGACAGUAGAUAGUGAAUGUGUAGAGAAUGUACAGAUAGUACAGGCUAAUUUGUUAGUCCAAGACCGGUCAGCAGAGCAAUCAGAGAGUUUGGAGAGUGAGAUAGCGAGACUGUGGGAUUUAGAGACCUUAGGUAUUAGAGAGACACAGGGAGUACAGGAAGAAUUUCUGGAUAACAUUUGUUUCAAUGGAGAGAGGUAUUCGGUUAAGUUACCAUGGAAGGUCAACCACAGAUCGUUACCUACUAAUUACGAAAACAGCCUAGGACGCCUUCAUGGCACAAUGAGAAAGCUUAGGCAAGAGCCAGAAGUGCUAGACCAGUACGAGGCAGUAAUCAAGGAACAGUUAGAGUCGGGAGUGAUAGAGCCGGUUCAUGCGUUAGAAGAUGGUAACAAGAUCCAUUACUUACCACAUAGAGCGGUAGUGCGUAGGAAUGUUGCUACUAGUACACCGGUAAGAGUGAUCUAUGAUGCGUCGGCGAAGACAGGUAAAAAGGGCGUGUCGCUCAACGACUGUUUACACGUUAGACCGUCUCUCAACCCUCUCCUAUUUAAUGUGUUGCUGAGAUUCCGUCUCCACAGGGUAGCCCUCAUAGCAGAUAUCGAGAAGGCUUUCUUGAAUAUCGAAGUCGACCCUGGAGACCGAGAUUGUUUACGAUUCUUAUUCCCAGAGUACCCGAGAAGGGAGGAUUCCGUAAUCAAGAUAUACCGGUUUUGUAGAGUGGUGUUUGGUCUGAACGCCUCGCCAUUUCUAUUGAAUGGAACCUUGAGGCACCACCUCGUGAAGUUUAAAGAGAUAGAUCCUGAGUUUGUAGAGAUGUUAGUCAACAGUUUUUAUGUAGAUGACUUGGUGACAGGGAGUAACACCCCGGAAGAGGCGUAUGAGUUAUACGUGAAGUCCAAGUCGAGAUUGGCAGAAGGUGGGUCUAACCUGCGCAAGUGGCAGACUAACGAUAGCGAGCUCAGAGGUAGGUUGGAUGUAAGCGAAGGGAGAUGUAUGCCAGGUAGUAAAGAAGGUGUGGCGCGUGGUAAGACUAGCCAGGGCGUGGCAAGCGACUGUGAUAUUCAGAAGGUGUUAGGCCUACCCUGGAAUAGCAGUAGUGACACUAUAGGACUCACAUUUGGCCACCGCAAGUGAUCUUGCAGGUAUGUUCGAUCCCUAGGAAUAGUAAGCCCAGUAACUGUAGCUGCAAGAAUCCUUUUUCAGACCCUGUGUAGAAUGACCGAGUUAACCUGGGACGAGGAAUUGACUGGAGAGGUAAGGAAAGAGUGGGAGGCCUGGGUUAAAGAACUGGGAAAUUUGAUGAGUGUUGAAGUACCUCGGUGCGUAUUGGACACGUCCAACCGUAAGGUGCAGAUUCACGGGUUUGCUGAUGCGAGUCGCAAGGCGAACUGUGCCGUCGUAUACCUCGUAUACGACGUGGGGGGAAAGAGGCAGGUAAGGUUACUUUGCAGAAAGACUAGAGUGGCCCCCCUUGAAGAGAUGACAAUCCCCAGGUUAGAGCUAAUGGCCGCGUUAAUCCUUGCCCGUCUAGUCAGCCAUGUUAGAGCUAAUGGCCGCGUUAAUCCUUGCCCGUCUAGUCAGCCAGGUUAGAGCUAAUGGCCGCGUUAAUCCUUGCCCGUCUAGUCAGCCAGGUUAGAGCUAAUGGCCGCGUUAAUCCUUGCCCGUCUAGUCAGCCAUGUUAUAGAAGCACUAGGCACACUCAUUGAAGUAGAAAGCGAGGUGUACCGGUCAGAUAGCAAAACAGUGUUAUACUGGUUGGCGAACAAAGGUGAGUGGAAACAGUUAGUUAAGCACAGAGUAGAUGAAAUUUUGCAGCUGACUAGGAACGGUGAGUGGAGGCAUUGCUCGGGAGAGCAGAACCCGGCCGACAUUGGGUCACGGGGUGCACUCGCCUCCAAACUCAAGAGUAGUGCACUGUGGUGGAAUGGCCCACACUGGCUGAUUGGUCCCGAACAGGGAUGGCCAGCAUUACAGAUCGAGAGAACGCCAGCUGGGGCGGAAGAGGAGAAGGGCACUGUAAGUAUGGUAGUCAACACCAGAGUACCGAAGAGUGACAUAUCUAGUGUAAUCAACCCUAACAAUUUCAGUAAUUGUAGCAAGUUGUUCAAGGUAACAGCGUAUGUUCGGAAAUUCAUGCACAAUGUUAGGGCAGAGAAAGUAGAAGACAGGAUGACAGGCAGGUUAUCUAGAGAGGAGACGACGAACGCAGAGCUAGAGUGGAUAAAGUCAGCGCAAGUAGACUUGACGCAACAAGCGACGUUUAAUCAGGUGACCAAGCAGCUAGAUUUAGUAGAAGAGGCAGGCAUACUUAGGUGCAGAGGGAGACUGGGUAAUUCCGAGCUUGCGACAGACGCUAGAAUGCCCAUAAUAUUACCGAGAGAUCACAGGCUGACAGAGCUGGUUAUACUAGACUGCCAUAGUAAGUUACACCACAGUGGUGUUAGCGGCACCUUAGCGCAGUUGCGGACAAGGUUCUGGGUUCCGAAAGGUAGACAAGUUGUAAAGAAGAUAGUGCAUAGGUGUGUCACGUGUAAGAAGCUAGAAGGCAGGGCAUACGCGCCGCCUCCCGUGGCGGAUUUACCAGGCUUUAGAGUUACGCAGGCAGAGCCAUUCUCCAAAGUAGGAGUCGGCUUUGCAGGUCCUCUCUAUUACAAGAGUAGUACAGGUAUGAUGCAGAACGCGUAUGUGGCACUUUUCUCGUGUUGCGUGACACGAGCAUUGCAUCUUGAUUUAGUGGUAGAUUUAGAGGCUUGUACUUUCAGGAGAUGCCUUAGAAGGUUUGCAGCCAGGAAGGGAGCUCCAACGCUGAUAGUGUCAGACAAUGCGAAAACGUUCAAAGCCGCAGCAAAGGCCCUGAGGGAGCUAUAUGACCACCCGGAGGUAUAAGCAUAUUUAGGGGUCAACAGAGUAUCUUGGCAAUUCAACCUAGAGAAGGCUCCAUGGUGGGGUGGGUUUUACGAGAGAAUGAUAGGAAGCGUCAAGCGGGGUUUGAGGAAGACCUUGGGCGAGGCACGAUUGACCUAUGAUGAGCUAAUUACAGUUUUGGUGGAGGUCGAGAGCACACUGAACGACAGGCCGCUUACAUAUGUGUACGAUGAGGUCGGAGAGGUGGAGCUUGCACCAGCCCAUCUAAUGUAUGGCAGACGACUAAAUAGCUUUCCAGACGAGGUAGUAGAGCCAGACGAUGUAGCAAAUCCAGACCACAACAGUCGGUUUAGGUAUGUAAAUGCUAAACUCUCCCAUUUUUGGAAGAGAUGGAGUAAGGAGUAUCUAGCUAGCCUUCGAGAGUUCUAUCGUAGUAGUCGUGUCACCGGGCAUCAUAGGGAGACAGUUCAAGUAGGAGAUGUAGUGACGAGUUCCAUCGUAGUAGUCGUGUCACCGGUCAUCAUAGGGAGGCAGUUCAAGUAGGAGAUGUAGUGACAAGUUCCAUCGUAGUAGUCGUGUCACCGGGCAUGGGAGGCAGUUCAAGUAGGAGAUGUAGUGACGAGUUCCAUCGUAGUAGUCGUGUCACCGGGCAUCAUAGGGAGGCAGUUCAAGUAGGAGAUGUAGUGACAGUGCACGAGGACGGCAGUAAGAGGAGUCAGUGGAAGAUGGCGGGAGUAGAGAAGUUGAUCAAGGGCAGAGAUGACGUAGUGAGAGGAGCACAAGUUAGACUUGUCAAGAAGGGCAAGCCAUCUCGCCUGGACAGACCAGUCCAGAGACUCUACCCCAUAGAAGUUAGUUGCGCGGACUCGACAGUGAAUCGCAUCGCGUGCGCGGACAGGAGUGUGCAUACCAGAGCCAGGUCCACUCGAGCCGCAGCAUUGCACGCGCAGAAUAGAAUCGCGAUCGGGGCUUUGCUUGACUCCUAAGAGUCAAGGGGGGGGGGGGGGGGGGGAGUGUGUUGCAGAAGUUCCGUUUCUGUGUACCGGAAGUUGUUAAAAUUAUUAGUUUAUGAUCACCAAUUAUGUAAUAUGUAAUUAGUAAUAGGAUCGGGUAUCAUUGUACCAGGCACGGGGUGAACUCGUGAGAGAUUGUAAGAGAGAUUGUGGAGAGAUAGAGAGCUGAUUCGAAUAAAAGGAGAAGAAAGUCGGAGAUCGUUAA